UUACCAAAAUGUUGCGCACGCGCAAAAAAGUGAUCCGUCUCCCAACCCAGCAUCGCCGUAGUUUAUAUCAGUUUACAUUAACCUUUUAUAUUAUUUUUUCGUAAAGAACAUAAAAUUUCUGUACUUUUAUCAAAAUUCGAAAUGAGCAAAUUAGACUAAAUAUUUGUUAUAUGAUUUAAUUUUAUUUUAUAUUGUGAUAAUUAAAUCACGAAAUGUACAGUGAAAGUGAAGAAGGAGAAAUUGUAUCAGACUUUGAAGAUUUUGAAGAGGAAUUACGUAGUUUACCUCAUGUUUUAAAAUUCAUACAUAAACUACAUGAUCAUAUAACAAAACAACGAAAGAAAAUUGAUAAAUUACAAAAGAAAUUUAAUCAGAAGAAACAGCAAAAUUUACUAUGUACCAAAACAUAUGUUCAUUGUGGAACUCAGACGAAUUCUUUAGAUUUUAAUGAACCAUUAUCACAGGGUUGGGAUGUUCAUAAUGUUAAAUCACUGAGUAUAGUAGAUCAAGUAAAGCAAGUAGCAGAAUCAGCUUUAUUACAGACUGGUUUUGUUUAUGAACAGACAUCAGGAAUGUAUUAUGAUUAUAAAACUGGAUAUUAUUAUGAUACAAAUCAAGGUUUAUAUUAUGAUGGAAACACUGGAACAUAUUACUACUAUGAUGAGAUUAGUAAAACCUACCAAUUUCACAGUCAAGUCCAUAUAAAUGAAACUACUACACACCUUGCAACUUUACAAAAGAAAGAAGAAGGAACUGGGAAAAUGUAUAAGGAUGAUGUAAAAAAGAGAAAAUUUAUAAGUGAAGAAGAAAAUUCAGAAGAUAAAGUACCAGAAGAGGGUGAAUGCUCAGGAAGUGAAAAUGAGGGCAUUUCUGAUGAAAUUAUUCUUGAUGUAUCUACAAAUAGCGACAGUGAUGAUGAAGAACAAGAGUUAGCGAAAAGUUAUCCACCAUGUAUGAGAAUUAUUGUUAAGGAAACAGAUUUAGCAAAAUUGAAAUUGGGUUCCCUUUUUCUCGUAACAUGUACAGGAGGUUCGCUAGGUCGAGAGGGAGAUCAUUCAGUGUUAAUACCAGACAUAAAUAUUAGCAAGUAUCAUGCACGUUUUGUAUACGACGAAAUUAAGAAGCAGUAUCAAGUGAUAGAUUCUGGUUCAAGAAAUGGUACAUUUCUAAAUGGCAAAAGAUUAUCAGUAGCUAAGCAAGAAUCUGAGCCUCAUGAAAUAACGCAUGGGUCAGUUAUAAAAAUUGGCGGGACAAAAUUACUGUGCCAUAUUCAUCAUGGAAGUGAAACAUGUGGUCAUUGCGAACCAGGUCUCAUUCAACAAAACGUCAAUCUCAAUGAAAAUAAAACUUCAAAGAUGAAACUUCAUAAGGAGGAGUUGCGACGUCUGAAACAUAAAUUUGGAAUUGAAAAAGAUAAUAUUGUAUCUGGUAGUCAAUUAGCCUCAGGUUAUCAAGAUAGAGCACAAGCCAGACGACAAUAUGUAGGUUCCUCGGAUCCACAUGCUAAGACGCAACAGAGUUCUGUUCACACAUCAAUAACAAAGGACAAUAAAGGGUUUAAAUUGCUUUCGAAAAUGGGUUGGUCUGAAGGUCGUUCUUUGGGCAAGAAUGGAAAUGGAAGGACGGAACCCUUACCUAUUGCGUGCAAUCACAAUAAAGUUGGUCUUGGAUCAAUGAGAACGGAUGCCCUUAACAUUGAGUUAGAUUCCAACGUGGAAAAGAAGCAAGCAGUUUGGCGGAAAACACAAAACCGUUAUAAAGAAAUAAUAGAUUAAUUUUUUAAUGAAUUAAUUAAUUUAAGGUAAUAGAAUUAGUUUAAUGCAACCUAGUCGCAUAUCAUAGUAGAUUUUUGAAAUAAUGAGGUUAACUUUUUUAAUUAAACAAACAUUUUUUGUUUAUUGUUUUAUGUUAAAUGGUAAAUGUCGAAAACGACAGUCACUUUUCAGAACACGAUAGUAAUUUGAAAAUUUAUAUAAAGGACUUUAUAAUAAAUAUACAAUUAAAUGUGCACGUUUAAAUCGAAGAAAGUUUUUGAUUGAUUAUUGUAAUAAUCUUAUUUUGUACACGCACACGCGCGCAUACACACGCACACGCACAAUUUUCCACUUUAAGUGGACAAAUGUCUGGUCAAAAUUUAUAAAGUUGAAAUAAAAUAUUUGAGUUAGAAA